AUGAAUAUGAAUAUGAAUAUCAACAUCAACAUCAAUCGCAUCGCAAACAAUAUGAGGAUGGCAUCCAUUCCCGAUCCUACAAAUAGACAUCGGACUUCCGGUUUCAUUGGAAACUCCAUGUCUGUACAACCAAUCACCUAUGUACCUAAUAGUCAUCGCUUGAUCACGAUUCAUCCACGUAAUAUCGUGCAAAAGCCGAGUGAGGACUGCUUACAGCUUACUGAGUAG